UCGUUGACAUUUCUGUAGUCCAGAACCACAAUGACUCAAAUACAUUUCGUCCCACGAAUGGAACAAUUAUGUGGCAUUCCCCUACCGUGCAUCGCGGAUGCCAUGUUUUGUGAGAGGUACCGUGUUCUGUUGACCUGGGUAUCUUUUUCUAUACGCAGCUAGUGACGUCCAGAAGAGGAGUGGCUUUCAUGUGCCGACUCCAGAGAAGGUUGAUCAUUUAAGAAGAGUUAACCAUGGGGCCAGCUACUGCAGAAUAGCAGCAAGCCGACGGAUCACGGCCUGCGAAUUAUCCUCCCUUAAUCUGUCGUGAGAGAGAGAAACGCCUGCGCGUAAUCACAGCGGCUUCAGAGCCCGAUUUUAUGUAUUUAUUUUUCUCUCCGCCGAUGGAUGAACAAUGGAGAAGCCGUCAGCAGAAAUUUCUGGUGACCCUCCUCUUUUCCCCUGCAGUAGAUCAUUGUUUUUGAUGCUGUUGUUGUGUAGGAGGGCAGGGACGGACCUGAUCUCGUUGGAUUUCUGCUAGAAAACACCGAUAGCACCAUCGCGCAGCGACUCAGUUUUUCAUCCUCUCGGCUUCCACCAGCAGAUGUUCGCAGUGCUGUCAUCCCGGCGAAACCAUGGUGAAAUUUCCGGCUCUCACACACUACUGGCCUCUCAUCCGGUUUUUGGUUCCACUGGCAAUCACGAACAUUGCCAUCGACUUCGGCGAACAGGCUCUUAACAGGGGCAUCGCAGCAGUCAAGGAAGAUGCGGUGGAGAUGCUGGCCAGCUACGGACUGGCCUACUCCCUAAUGAAGUUCUUCACGGGGCCCAUGAGCGACUUCAAGAACGUGGGGUUGGUGUUCGUCAACAGCAAGCGCGAUCGCACCAAGGCGCUCCUGUGUAUGGUUGCCGCCGGGACCAUAGCCAUCAUUUUCCACACCCUCAUAGCCUACACUGACCUGGGAUAUUACAUCAUCAACAAACUCCAUCAUGUGGAUGACUCCGUGGGUAAUAAAACCAGGAAGGCUUUCUUCUACCUGGCAGCCUUCCCACUACUGGAUGCAAUGGCCUGGACGCAUGCAGGUAUACUACUGAAGCACAAGCACAGCUUACUGGUCGGCUGUGCCUCUAUCUCUGACGUCAUCGCUCAGAUUGUGUUUGUGGCCAUCUUGCUCCAUAGUCACCUGGUGUGCGUGGAGCCAUUGUUGAUCCCCAUCGUGUCCCUGUACAUGGGAGCGCUGGUGCGCUUCACCAUCGUGGGCCUGGGUUACUACAGAAACAUCCACGACACCAUCCCCGAGUCCAGUGGACCAGAAGUAGGGGGCGAUGCCACCUUUAAGAAGAUGCUGGGCUUCUGGUGGCCUCUGGCCCUCAUCCUGGCCACGCAGCGCAUCAGCAGGCCCAUCGUCAAUCUGUUUGUGUCUCGCGACCUCAAAGGGAGCGCGGCCGCCACAGAGGCAGUGGCUGUUUUGACGGCGACAUACCCGGUUGGCCACAUGCCAUAUGGAUGGCUGACAGAACUGCGAGCUGUGUACCCUGCCUUUGACAAGAACAACCCUAGCAACAAGCUAAUGAACCCCGGGACCAACAUCACCAAGUCUGACAUCAAGAAAUUCACAUUUGUUUGCCUGGCGCUGUCAAUCACGCUUUGCUUUUUGGUGUUCUGGACCCCACACAUCUCUGAGAAGAUUCUGGUGGACAUCAUUGGCGUGGAUCAUGCUUUUGCAGAGCUAUGUGUGGCUCCGUUGCGAAUCUUCUCCUUCUUUCCAUUACCAGUGACCAUCCGUGCCCACCUGACCGGCUGGCUCAUGACCCUGAAGAAGACCUUUGUCCUGGCGCCCAGCUCUGUGCUGCGCAUCAUCGUCCUCAUCACCAGCCUCAUAGUGCUGCCAUACAUGGGUGUGCACGGGGCAACUCUGGGCGUGGGUUCUCUCUUGGCUGGGUUCCUUGGGGAGUCGACUAUGGUGGCGAUUGCCGCCUGUUACGUCUACCGAAAACAAAAAAAGAAAGAUUCUGAAGGAGAGGUGGUCAUCGAAGGAGAAGACUCGGCUCCCAUGAAUGAGGUGCACCGCGGGGGCCAGAUGGAUGACAUUGUGGAGUUGAGGGAGGAGGAGGAGGAGGAGGAGGAGGAAGAGUGAGAGCACAGUCCUCCUGAGGAAGCACACACAGGGGCUGCCAGGACUCUCCUCACAGCCCUUGCUGGGGCAGAUUUAUUCCACUGGCUGCAGCUUGGCGCCCCCUGCUGGGCAGAAUCAAUAUGGUCGCCCCAUAUGUACAGUGCAACCAAGAGGAACCUUUGAGUCUCUGCAGCAAUCACGUGGAAGAAAAAAUUACUUUUCUGCCUCCUCAUAUCCUCGUAAUAAUAUUAUUAAUCAAACACUCACACACACACACACACACACACACACACACACACACACAAGCGUACAUAUUCACGUCUUCCGCCUGUUUCCUGGUAGCCACCAGGGCAGUGGAUAGUGAAGAUAUUAUUUCGUACCAAAGCAAUGUUGUGUACACAUAUAUUAAUCAACUAGUUCCUUUUGCUGACAUUUUAUGUGCUGCCGUCCUUAACAUUCAUGAACCCCCGAAAGAGGAAGGAAAACGUUAUAUCCGCCUAAAAUUUUAUCUGCUUGGAAAAUUUUUUUCUCUCUAUCUCUCUCAAACACUCUCACUCUCUCUCUCACACACUCUCUAUCUCUCUCACACACUCUCACUCUCUCUCUCUCUCUCGCACACUCUCACACUUUUCAGGCUACAUCUCUGAAUGUACUGUGGAAUUGACCAACCAUGAGGUGCCAGAGCUGUGACCUCUGACCUUUGACUUUCCUGUACAGACACAAAGGACAAGGUUUCUGGCUUUUAUUAUGAACCGAAAUGUGUACAAAGGAAGAAAAAAUGACAAAGUAUUUAUCUGCAGAUUUCUACAGGAUUUAAAUAUAAGUUAGUGGGGAAAUCAGAUUGAUUCUGUUGUGAGUGAGGAGUUGGUGAGUUUGGGCCAUUUAGAUGACUUAUUUUUUUACACUAUGAUGUACUAGAUGUAUACACAAUGUGGUAUAAAGAUUUUGUAUGAGCGUGUCAUGAGCUAAACUGUGGGGUGAGGGGGUUAAACUGGACCACAAGUAUUUUAUUUAUCUUCUUUUUUAAUGAAUUUGGACACUUUCUGUUUGUUUGUUUGUUUGUUUGUUUGUUUGUUUUAUCUCAGGAUGUACAGUGCAGAAAGUACAGUGAAGUCCAGUUUCAGACCUGCAUUUCUGUUCCAAAACUGUAGUUCUCUCUCCAGUUCUCUCCAUUGACUCCAAUGCACAAAGUAUUUAAGGUGUCUUAAGACUCUGUAUGUUUUCUAUAGGCUGUAAUGGAUAGUGAGGUCUAAUCAAGUUUGUGGGGAGGUAUCGGCUUUGUAUUUUAAAAGCCCUGUUGAGACCGAAGCAGGGAUAGUACACAGAAAAACCUGAUUCUUGUCAUCAUUGUCAGUGUGAUGAAGAAAGGGACAGUUUUAUUCUUCAGUGAUUAAAGAGUGGUUAUGUGAUUUCAAACCGUCCUGUUAUGGUACUUUUUAUUCCUGCCAACUGCUUGACAAAUAUUACCAAAUGCACAUCAUAUCUGCUUGUUACUAUGGAUACUCUUGGAAAGGCGAUUUGGUGACAGGUCUUCAUAACAGUUUCUGACAUGAUGGCUGACUGAUGAGAUGAAAAAGAAAAAUAAGAAUCGUUUGGUCCCAAAGGAUCGUGGAUUCUCUACAUAUAAUGAAAGACGUCCAGCCAUCAUCCAGCUUCCAGUCCAUUCUUUCACAUUAACAGUAGUUGCGUUAAUGGCAUUCCUUUGUCUAUAACUGGCAAAGAAACUAUUCUUCACACUUGACAGUUGUCUGAGGUUCAUUAGUACAUUUACCGUAUCACUGAUUUAUACUGUUUGCCAGAGUCCAUAGGGUUAGCGUCCUCUUGUGGUCAAUAACAGACACUACACAUACAUUUUUACUGGUUAUUUAGUCAUUAAUCAAGCCUAUUUACUUGAUGCAUACUUACGCCUGUUUUUCCCCCCCAAUUAUAAUAAAUUGCAAGAAAUCUCAACCAAA